AAGCUUCGCGCGAGGAGACGGGCGGCGCGUCCGGAAAGCGCGCUUCCGGCUUCCAGCUUCCUGCUUCCGGCGUCGUGUGCCGGCGUGCGGAGGGCGGCCCUGAGGCGCGGCUGGCGCCAUGUUUCUGACCGCGCUCCUGCGCCGCGGCCGCAUCCCCGGCCGGCAGUGGAUCGGGAAGCACCGGCGGCCGCGGCCCGUGUCGGCGCAGGCGAAGCAGAACAUGGUCCGCCGCCUGGAGGUCGAGGCGGAGAACCACUACUGGCUGAGCCGGCCCUUCCUCACGGUCGAGCAGGAGCGCGGCCACGCGGCGGCCCGCCGGGCGGCCGCCUUCCAGGCGCUCAAGGCGGCGCAGGUGGCCAGGUUCCCCGCGCACCGACGGCUGGAGGACCAGCUCGGCCACCUCAAGGUCACCGGGAAGUGGUCCUGACCCGCGCCACGCCGCCUGCGUCCUGCGGCGACGAGCGGGAGCCCCGGCCAAGCCGAGCGAGUGUCUGCGACGGAGGCCCCGGGCCCGCGCUCCCCACCGCCCGCAGUGUGUCUCGGUCGGAUCGCGUCUCGCCUCUCUGCCCUGAGGACGGAACCGGGCGCCGUCCGCGUCACACGGCAUGCGGAACGCAACCUGCGCGCAGCUGCAAUGAAGCUGCCGACCGCGCUCUGGCAUCUGGGCCUCGGUGCGAGAUUCCGCCGGGGGCUUUGCCGUGCAUGCUCGCUUACCUUCUGUCGACAGGUCUUGCUUAAGCGGACAUGAAAAAAUCUACUUUUCCAGUUAAACGCGCUCCUAAAAAUAGCGGUUUCUGGUGAGAUUUGCUCCUAAAGGUAGACAAUUGGACAUCGUCUAUUUUGGGGGACUUCCCCCGGAACUAAGACCCUUUAAGCCAGCCGGCGCAGCCAAAAAACAAACCAAACAGAAUAGUCUAUUUAAAAAAAAUCAGGUUGUCACCUCAGUAUUGAAAUUUAAGGAUGAUUUAUGUAUUUUGGAUAUGAGUCCUUUUUCAGGUAUUCUUUUUCCAGUCUUCGACUUUUCAUUGUUUUAACAGAAUGUCUUUCAAAGAACGGAAGUUCUUAGGUUUGAUGAAGGGGACAAUUGAAAAUUGUUUAAUAAAAACUAAAUUAAAACCUGUUUGAUAAAGCCGCGUGUGCUCUGGCGUAGGUAGACCACAGUGUCGUCGCACUCGGGUCGUCCCCGUGGUUGCCCGAAGGAUCAGCCCCAUCGCCUUCCCAAGGCAGCACUGUACCUUGCCACACUUGCUAGGUGACUAAAGCAACAGUCAUCCCCUAACAACAACAACAGCAGCUGUUCAAAUACAGGACUUUAUUUAUUAAUAAAGUAAUCAUUAUUAUGAUUUUUGGAAAAACAAGUUUUAAAAUGUUCAGCCUUCGUGUUAAUGUAGGUUAGGCCACCCAAAAGACAAAGCAAAGAUAACAUUAAGUCAUGGUCCAGCGUUACACUUAUGAGAAACAAAUACAAGAUUUACGGGACAUGAUAUGUAAAAACAACCAAAGUAAACUGUAUUUCAAAUUUGUUUAUAUAAAAACAUAUUAAAGAUCACUUUAAAAUA